CUCUCUCUUCUAUGCCAGAUGGGCAGUAGUGGCUGGCUCAGGGGACUUGUUUCUUCCUUCUCUAAUGGUGACUGCCUGAGGUUCUAUCUGUAGAUUGAAUCAACAAUGACUGUAUCUUUGGAUAAUUCGGAGGUUCUAGAUCUGUAAUGUACUCCAAAUUUCUGAAAAGAAAAAGGUCACACACUUCAUCAAAUUUGUGAACCCAAUUGAGUAAUUAUGGUGAGGGAGCAAAGGGUCGAGUCUUUCUACACUCGGCUGCGCGAAUCUGUUUCGGCUUCUUCUUCCUCUCCCCUGCUUGUGUUCCCGUCUACAUCGGAUGUCGAUUCGUUGUGUGCCCUGAAAAUAAUUUUCCAUGUCCUUGAGUCAGAUUCUGUUCGAUAUGCAUGCUAUCCAGUUUCAUCGUUCAAGGAGAUCCAUAAAUAUGCGGGGCCUAGUUUAUGCUCAUCGGAUCAGCCUGUUUCGAUUCUCCUUUUAAACUGGGGAUGUCAACGGGAUUUGCGAAGGGUUCUGAAUUUGGGGCCUGCUGCUCGUGUUUUUGUGGUUGACAGUCAUAGACCGAUCCAUCUCCAUAAUUUGAGCGAUCAGAAUGACCAGGUGGUUAUUCUUUAUACUCAGGAUGAUGAAAACCAGACUGAUUUGGCUUAUGAUUUUGAUGUUUCGGCUUUGGCAAGUGUCAGUGAUUUAAACAAAGAGGAUGAGGUUGAAGGUAAUUCUGAUAGCGAUGAUGAAAAUGAAAGUGAUAGUGAGGAGGAAGAUGGGGGUGGAUCUCGGAAACGGAGGAGGGUUUCAGAAGAAAGUGAAGCUGAUCCAGUUCAGCUCCUUAAGAAGCUGACAAGGGAGUACUAUAAUAUGGGUAGUUUCCAUGGUAAGCCUUCUGGGUGUUUGAUGUUUGAAUUGGCUCAUUCUCUGAGAAAGAACACAAAUGAGUUGCUAUGGUUGGCUUGUGUUUCCUUAACUGAUCAGUUUGUUCACGAGAGGCUAACAGAUGAGAGAUACCAAGCUGGGGUUAUGGAGCUUGAGCAACAUAUCAACAGCUCAGGUAAUUUGGACACUAUUACUUCAGUGACUCUUAAAGAUGGAACAAAGAUUCGAGCACCUGAUUCAUCUAGAAUUGCCUAUGAAGAUGAACCAAGACUAAUGUUGUUACAAGAGUGGAAUUUGUUUGAUUCUAUGUUGUGUUCUUCCUACAUUGCCACUAAAUUGAAAACUUGGAGUGACAAUGGGAUGAAAAAGCUCAAGCUUCUUCUUGCUCGAAUGGGAUUUGCCCUGGUGGAUUGCCAGCAGAAAUUUCAAUACAUGAAUCUGGAAGUAAAAAGGAAGAUGAAAGAUGAGUUUGAACGAUUCCUACCUGAGUAUGGACUCACAGAUUUCUACUACAGAAGUUUCUUGCGGCUACAUGGGUAUAGUUCAAGGGUUUCUGCAGCAGAUGUGGUAUAUGGGGUUACUGCAUUGCUUGAGUCAUUCAUGAAAUCAGAUGGCUCUUCUGCUUCCAAGCAGUUUGGGGUGGCUUUUGAUGCAUUGUCCUUGAGCAAUCUAGAUAAAUUGAGAAAUGGGAUGCAGUAUGCAAUUAGGAUACAGAGGGCUAUUCUUCGACAAGGAAGUGCGGCAAUAACUAAGAGUGGUGCUAUAAGGAGUGGAAGAAAAUUCAGGUGGGUGAAGCUUGAGGAUUCAGCAGAUACAAAGCUUUUGGGGUACCCACAAGCAUUAACCAAAUUCUGUUAUUUUCUGAUGGAUGCCUUGCGAGAGAAGGGAGCAAAAAUGAAGCCUUUGCUUUGUGCUUGCUUAUCACAAGAACCAAAUAAGGUAUUAAUAGUUGGAGUUUGUGGGAAGCCACGACUUGGGGCAGUUCAAGGAAAUGCAUUUGGGAUUGCAUUUAGAAAUGCAGCUGAAGAGAUCGGAGCUGAUUUCUUCCAUGAGUUGUUUGAAUCUUCAUGGAUUGUUUUGGAUGCAGUUGCAGUUAAUUCCUUUAUGAUCAGGUUAACCGAGAAGCUUUGAUGUAGAACUAAUAUCCAAACUUUGCCUAACUAAAUUUCCCUUGUUUGGUUAGUUACUUCAAGCAAGUGCGUUUUCUUGAAUUUGGAAUGUUUAAAAUAAUUCUCUAAGGAGAAAUCAUAGUUGAUUUGUUCAACCAUAGGUGGUUGGCUUCUUUCUUCUUACUUCUGUUGUACUGUGAUUUUCUUGUACCAUCAACCGAAGUUGGAUUUCUCCAAUUGCGCGAUACAUAUUUAUGUAGUUUCUCUUGAAAGAGUUUUAUCAUUUGCAGUAAUUUUUUCUGUUCA